UCUACCGGGAACUUGGCCGCUCACUCGAGGCAUGUCGCUUCCUGUUCUUCUUCUUCCUGCUCACUAAACCGAAAAGAAACGACCGGAAAGGAAAAGGAAGCCAAGCAAGCACGUGCGAUGGUGGCGGCCGAGCUCGUGCAGGAGCACUUGAGCUCGGAUGCCGCCUCCCCACCUGACCGCAUCAGCAAGGUGGAGGAGGGGGGGCUCGAACCCAGCCUGCGGUCCGACGACGCCGGGGACGAGGAGGAGGUUGCGGACGAAGGCGACGCGAUGCUUCCCGACGGAGGAAAAGAGGCGACGAUGAAGAAGGACGAGCAGAGUAGGGAAGAGGAAGUGAGUCGCGCCAAGACCAAGCUGUACUGGCAGCGGUUCGUCGUUCUGGCCGUGUUCAGCCUGUAUUCGAUGGUCAACGCCUUCCAGUGGAUCCAGUACGGCAUCCUGGCCAACGUGUUCACGCAAUUCUACCGAGUGGACAACAACAAGGUGGACUGGCUGUCCAUCGUGUACAUGGUGGCCUACGUGCCGCUCAUCUUCCCGGCCACUUGGCUGCUGGACCGCCGAGGCUUGCGCCUCACCGCUCUGCUGGGCGCCGGCCUCAACUGCGCCGGUGCUUGGCUCAAGUGCGCCAGCGUGGGGCGAGACCUCUACGCCGUCACCAUGGUGGCACAGGUGGUGUGCUCCGUGGCGCAGGUCUUCAUUCUCGGCCUGCCCUCGCGCGUCGCCUCGGUCUGGUUCGGACCUGGGGAGGUGUCCACGGCCUGCGCCACCGCCGUGCUGGGCAACCAGUUGGGCGUGGCCAUCGGUUUCCUGUUGCCUCCCGUGUUGGUUCCCAACACGUCCGAAGACGUGGAGCUGACGGCGCACAACAUCAGCGUCAUGUUCUACGGCACCGCCGCCGUCUCCACCGCCCUCUUUAUCCUCACCAUCAUAGUGAUGAAGGACCGUCCGCCGCUCCCGCCCAGCCAGGCGCAGGCCGUCCUGCCCGAGGGGCCCCCCGAGGACUAUUCGUACCGCCAAUCCAUCAUCAACCUGAUGAAAAACAAAGCCUUCGUCCUGCUGCUCAUCAGCUAUGGCAUUACCACGGGCUGCUUCUACUCUGUGUCGACCAUCCUCAACCAAAUGAUCAUGACCUGCUAUGAGAAUGAAGAGUUGAACGCGGGGAGGAUCGGGUUGACGUUGGUGGUGGCCGGCAUGGUGGGCUCCAUCCUCUGUGGCCUGUGGCUGGACCACACCAAGACAUACAAGAUGACGACGCUGCUGGUGAACUGCUUGACCCUUGUGAGCAUGGUGAUCUUCACCUUUACGCUGAACCUGAACAACAUCUACGUGGUCUUCUUCACAGGAGGCCUACUCGGCUUUUUCAUGACGGGAUAUCUUCCUGUGGGCUUUGAGUUUGCCGUGGAAAUCACCUACCCAGAGUCGGAGGGAACGUCGUCCGGACUCCUCAACACCUCAGCGCAGAUUUUUGGCAUCAUUUUCACGCUGAUUCAAGGGAGGCUAACCACGGAUUACGCCGACGCCUUGCCAGGAAACAUCUUCCUCUGCGUUUGGAUCUUCUUAGGCGUCGUGCUCACCGCCUUCAUCAAGUCCGAACUGAAACGACAUAACGUCAACAUCGGGGUGACCGGCAAAGACCAAGAGGCGCCUCCGACAGAGUCUCUGGCAGAGGAAAAGGUCAAGCUGGAACCUCCUGUCAGCUGCGCCAGGGAAACAUCACUGUAGCCAGGACGUGCUCGAACAUCCCGCACGACGCCAAGGCGGCCAAGGAAUUCUUGAGUGGUUUCGUUUUUGGACGCCAGGCGAACGAGUGCAUGGUUCGUGAGCGUCCGUGCCAGCGCUUACUUUUCCUGAGUUUACUUGAAUGCAUCACUUGCCUGAAGGACAUUGAGCAGCAAAGGUGAGGGAAGCGGCGGACGGAAGAGCAGACCGACAGAGUCUCCGGAACGAUCCGCUUCGGUCUGGUCUUUACGCGUCAUCCGACGAGUUAAGUGUAAAAUAUAUGCAGAGCCCGUUGAGCAUUUAUUUCAUCACCUUGAUAUCAAGCUGACUCGACUCCUCGUUUGGAGUAAUUAUGCGAUCUCCAGCUUUAGGUCCAACUGAUAGGGCAUAAGUGCCACUAGUUGUGGAUACAAUGGAGAACUCUUACUGAAUCGAUUUUGCUCGUCAGGACAAAAUGGACCUCAGGCUGGAUAUCAACCAUGUUACAGAAAUGCUGAAACGGGCUUUCAUACACGCAGUCGGUGUGCACAACGACUAUGCACAACUCUUCAAUUUUUUUAUACUUGACUGUGCGUGCGUGCGUGCGUGCGUGCAUGCGUGUGUGUGUGUGUGUGUAAGCGAGAGUGGUCAACACAUAAUUUGAGAGCGCCAUCGUGUGGUCACUUAAACUGUUGACACUAGUGUUAUUUUUAUGCAGUUUCCUUUUUUUUUUGAAAUCCGAAUAAUUCUGCUGAGCCUAUUUGUUUUUGUUAUCCAUUUAUUUAAUUCACUAUCAGAUCAAUUUUAACUAGUUCCGAUUAUUGUUUAAGAUAUAUCGAGUUAUAUUCACAAAAAAUUCACAUUUUAGUGUUUUUUUUUUUAACAAAUAUAUUUGUUUAAUUUUGGCAUUGAGUGAGCUUAAUGUAUGCAAGCACAAUUUACAGGUCAUUUUAUACUUUGCUUAUUAGAUUUAUUUAUGAAAGGUAUUUGCUGAACUAAUCAAAGCAUUUGGUAGUUGUUUUUUUUUUUUUUUUAUUGUUGUUGUUCAUGAAAAUGAGAGAUGUUAACUUCUGUACGAGCUGAGGCGGAUUUCUAACUGUCUGUUUCCGUUACAAAUGAAAGUGAAAUCAUUUUGUGUCCUCAACAGUGAAUAGACUUUACAGUAGAGUUCAGGUUAAGUGUGU